UAAUAGAUGUAUUUAAAGUAUGUUUUAUUAUACAGUCCCAAUGGUUCCUUAAAUCACACUCACAACUGUUAGAUUUGAGUUAUAAUUAACGGUCUGCAAACAUUCAAGUGCUGUUUUGUUUAUCUCUUGAAGGGAAGUGACUUAUCACAUCCAAUCAUUCUAAUUCCUUAAUUAACCAGCUUUCUAAUGGACUACAAAUGGAAGUACGUAAAACUUGACAGAAAUGAUAGUCGGAAGUUUUUCAAUUUCGUUAAUUCUAAUUUAUCACAUCCAUUGAGAGAAGAAAAGACUAUUGUGUUCGACAGUAAAGGAACUAAAAAUAGACUGUCAUCAUCUGUAUCAUCAAAGUCAUCAACGUUAGACCUUUUUGACGGGUUUGAUGACCCAUUAAGUCAAUUUGCUCGACAAGAGCUGGAUCCUUUAUCUCAAAUGGCAGCAGAAAAUGAUUUAAAUAAUUUAAUUAUAAAGAAGAAAAGUGCUUUAGUAGAUACAACAUCCGCAGUUCAGUCAUGGAACUCGAGAAAGGCCAUAAUUCUCAAUAAAUACACGACAUCCGAGAAGCUAUCAAUAGCAACAAGUUUCUUGGGCAUAGAAAAUGUAGUCAGAAGUCAAACGACUGUGGAAAAAGUAAAGCAUCGAUUGGAACAAAUUGAUGACUUUCAGGAUAUCCACUAUAUGCAAAAUCUGACUCAACAGGAAUAUAUCGGGAAAAUUAAUCAAUUAAAUGCCGAAUUAAUUGAGGCUUGGAAGACUGAUCAACGAGUCAAGUCACUCAAAAUCGCCAUUCAGUGUUCAAAAUUACUGUCUGAUGCCACAUCCGUAAUGCAAUUUUAUCCCUCAAAGUUCGUCUUAGUCACUGAUAUCCUUGACAUUUUCGGAAAACUCGUUUACGAGAGACUCAAAUCAAAGUCUGAAAAUGAAAAAAGCCUGCCUGACAAAUUCACGCCAGACCAGAUACCCGAGUCAGCUAAAGAAACAUGCCUAAACUGGUUCUACAAGAUAUCAUCCAUACGAGAGCUUUUACCAAGACUUUAUGUUGAAAUGUGCCUAGUUCGGUGCUAUAAUUUUAUAAAUCCAAGAGAAAUUGAUGCAUCCCUUUUGAGGAUAUCAAGAAUGAUUAGAGGAAUUGGAGAUCCACUUGUCGGUGCUUAUGCUAGAUGUUAUUUAGUAAGAAUUGGUGUAACAACUAGUAAAAGCCAUGAAUAUUUGAAGGAAUGCUUUGCUGAUUUUCUCAGUGUCUAUCAUACUAUUUUCAACACAGGCAUCAGAGCGGAAAUAUUGAAGCAAAAUAUCGAAUUAAGUGUCUAUUUCUCACUUUACGCUCCAGCUUUAGACUUUAUUGUUCAAAAUUAUGCAGCAAGUGCUACUGAUGUUCAAUUAGAGGAGUUUCUAACGCAUUGUAAAGACAAGAAAAACAGUUCAUUGUUAUUGCUGACAAUUUUACAUUCUUUUCGUCCCGAAUUCAUAUCGUCGAGAUCUGUUGAAAUGGUUUCCAUUCUAGCCGAAACAAAUAAUGAAGGUAUCACGAAAGGCUCUUUAUUUCGUCAAUUGGGUAACAUUGUGAGUCUAUUUCCGCCACCUGUCGAACAACGAGUAUUGUUAUUUAAUGAAGCAUGGAAAACCAUUAGUACAAUCACAAAUGUUGGCGAUUACAUGGCUUGUGUUGAGCUGUGGUCUCAAUAUAUAGCAAGUAAUUUCGAUAUAAUAACACUCAAUACAUUCUUUGGUGAUGUUCUCACUCGUAUUGUUCAGAAGCGAGCAUUUGAGAGAUAUUAUAAUGAACUUCAAGGUUUAAUGGAUAAAGUUGUAUCGAAUGUUAUCGAUUUUCAUGGACUGCUGAGCAUGGAUAAUUUCCUCCCAAUCCUCGACUUGUUUCAAAAAGAAUCCAUCAAGUUUGAAGUGUGCAAGAACAUACUUGAAAAAUACAAGAUAUUCUGUUCGAAUGACGAGAACAACUUUAGCUUAGUAAUAAAUGAUCCGGUGACAAUUAAUGCAUUUAUGUGUGUGUCAAAAGCUCUUAAUGAUGGUGUUAAUGCUUUAACGAGUGAUGAUGAACGACGACAUAUUGGAAAUUUAAUAAGCUUUUUCAUCCUUCGCGUUAAUUUUGGACGAGAUUUUGAGCAACAGCUGACAUUUUAUGUUGAUGCUCGUGGCUCGUUUGCAAAUCUCGAUAUCGUUCUACACGCCCUCGUAAAUUGUGUAAAUAAAUUGUCUAUCGAUACGAGACGAAUUGUUAAAGGAAAUCACACAAGAAAGACGUCAGCUUUUGUGAAAGCCUGUACUGCAUAUUGUUUUAUAACAAUCCCAUCAAUCAUCUCAAUAACACAACGAUUGGAUUUAUAUUUGGAAUCGGGGAAAAUUGCUUUAGCCAAUUUAUGUUUAGGACAAUCAGACGCUAGCUUUGAAGCUGCCAUACAUUUACUAUCGGAAUUACCGAAGUUUUUUGAGAUUGAAGGACGUCAAAGGAGCUCUGAAACUUAUUUACAAAGUUAUGUCCUCAAAUUUCUGUCGCUGCUUGUUUUGGUGCCGGAUUCACCAGAAAAGGGUGUGUUGUAUCUCUUGCGAUUACUUAUCGAUAAGUUGAAUGAAAUUGAAUUUGAUUCAACGCAGCAGCUGACAACAAAGUCCACAAUUGAGAUGAACAUUCUCGACAUGUUAUGUUAUUGUGCACAGGAUACAUAUCCAUAUCAUUUACAAAAUGUCAUUUCAAAUGACCAACUUUACGGAGCGGAUGUAAAGUUUAUAAAUGAAAUAAAUGAGAUAUCAACAGGAUUGCUGUGUGAUUUACUGCAAGAAUUACAACGGAUGAGCGAAAGACCAAAGCAGCAAUGUCAAAUGGCACUUGAUUUAUUUGAACGUGUGGCAAUGAAAUCUGAUUUAUGUGAUGAUAAAAUGUUUACACUGGCUGUAAAUUUAUGGAAUUUAUCGAUCAAAAAUCGUCAUCUGUUGAUGGAUGGGAAAAUUCAUCAUAAAAUCUAUCGACAUAUGAAAGCUGUGAGAGGAACAUUAAGGAAUCGUAACUACUAUCAACGAUUCGAUGAACUGUUAAAUCGAAUAGAAAAGAAAUUAUGAGAUUCUAUGCUGUGCUGUACACAAAUGAUUCUUAAGAGGAUUUUUAUAAUGAGAUUUUUCUACAUAGCAACUCCAUAUUUAUUACAAGUUACUAUCUUUACUUCCUACUUAUGCUGAAUCUUAAACGACAUUCCGUGCAAACUUCAGUCAAUUUGGGCUUGACAACAUCAUCAAAUCAAGUCAAUUUGGGAAAUUCUUUUAUGAAUGAGUAAGGACCGAAAGUGGUUUACCAUAAUGACAUCAUAUCUUGUCCUUAUUGCUUAUUUUUCCUUUUGAAAUUGAAAUUUUCAAUUUGUCAUUCAAUAGUUUUAUGUUAUUCCAUUGAAUGAUUUGGAUUUUGUUUAAAUGUGUUUCAUUUGUCAAUGGCUAGGUUCAAAUAUCUGAAAAAUCAAUCAAUUGCUGGUUUUCUUCACUUUCUCUAUUGAGAAAGAUGCUCCUGAAAUGCUUAAACUUGACAGAAAUUGGUGUAAUAGAACUGAUGUGUUUUGGUUGUAUUGGCAUUUAAAAUGUAUUUUUAUAUUAAUAGCAGCACCUUCUGUAUGUAUCUGAUCUGCACAUGAGCCUUGGAAAUUGCCAUGUAACUUAUCAUGACUCUUGUGUAUCUCAGGUCCAAAAUUGUUAUCCACAUGAAAUAAUAAAGCAUGCAUAAAGAUGAA